UUAUCAGCGUGACGUGACUGGAAGGCAAAUAAAAGUUUAUCAACUCUCCUUAACAACCAUAUAUGCUAGCCAUAUGCAGGCAUCCCAACUUUGCCAGUCUAAUUAAACAAACGUCAAGGGUUGUGUUGUCGGCGCGCUUAAAGAUUCCUUAAAACCUUCCUCCCAAUGAAACCAUAACCUGCUCCAGCGUUCAUCACGCAACCCACUAGCAACAACGAGAUGAUGUUAGUAGAUGAUCGUGUCUGGGCUCUGUUCAAGGGACACUGGCAGCACACACUGACUUACUGGAGCGUGUUCUUCAGUUUCGGGCUGUGUAUCGCGUUCCUGGGGCCGACCAUCCUGGACCUGAGGUGUCAGACUCAGUCCACUCUGCAGGAGAUCACUUGGGUCUUCUUCGCCCAACAGCUCUUCCUCAUGCUGGGGAGCGCCCUGGGAGGACUCUUCAAGAAGACGCUCCGCUGCUCCCUCUCAGCUCUCUUCGUCUCCAGUCUUGUCAUCUCCGUGGUGUUUGCCAUCAUCCCACUUUGCCACCAUGUGCUGAUGCUGGCUGUUGCCAUGGCGAUAUCUGGCACGGCAAUGGGGGUGAUUGACACUAUCGCCAACCUGCAGCUGGUGAAGCUCUACCAGAAAGACUCAGCCAUUUUCCUACAGGUCCUGCAUUUCUUCAUAGGGCUGGGAGCGUUGGUCAGUCCCCUGGUAGCAGACCCAUUCCUGUCGGAGGGGAGUUGUGUUUUGGGGGGGAACAUGACAGCCAACUCCUCCACUGACCUCCAUCACCUCCGCAGCUACCUGGCAGGUAAGGGGACAACCCCUCUGCACAACGUAUCCCACCACUACCACCUCCACACAGAGGGCAUCAUCACCACCAAUGUGUCCUACGCAUUCUGGAUCAUGGCUCUUAUCAAUCUGCCUGUACCAGUAGCAGUGUAUGUGUUGAUGUAUCGUGAGAGGCUGUUCCCCUGCUCGAACCACAGCCCACGUCUACUGGACAAGGAGAAAAACUCACAGAAGAACCAACAGGACCACAAUAUCCAGGGGUCACGGGGUUUGUUUGGCUGCUGUAACUAUGCUGAUGUGAAGGAUCGCCCUGCCUCCUAUUUCCUCCUCUACAUUCUGGGCGGAGCCGUGCUCUUCAUCACUGACGGCAUAAUAGGUUCUUACACAGGAUUCAUUUACACCUACGCAGUGUCUCCUCCCCUCUCUCUGCCUCACAAGACGGCAGGCUGUCUGACCAGUGUGUUCUGGGCAUCCGUCACCGCGGGCAGACUGGCGUCUAUAUAUCUGUCAUACAGAUACACACAACAACGACUCAUCUCGGUCAGCCUGGCAGGGAUGAUGGUGGUGCAGUGUCUGCUGUUGAUCCUGUACUCCAGCCCUGUGUUCCUCUUCAUGGGGACGUGUGUGUUAGGCCUCUUCAUCAGCAGUGUGUUCCCCUGCAUGGUGGCCCUCACAGAAGACAUGGUCAACUAUAAAGGGUGUGCCACUACUGUCCUGGUGACCAGUGCUGGUACAGGAGAGAUGGUGCUGCAGCUUCUCACAGGACAGUUGAUCCACAGUAAAGGCAGUUAUAGUUUCAUGUUGGUUGGUAUGAUAUCAUCCUGCAUCGGAUUCACAGUAUUCCUGGGCCUAAUCUACAUCCAGCAUCUACACAGGAGCUCCCAAGCAGCCACUAGUAAGGAAAUCGCCAUGACAGAGAAGCCUUCAAGUGAGUAAUGGAGAGGCCGUGAGGAUGAAUCAACGGAAAGAGAGGACUGUUUAAACAAAUGACGGAAAAACAGAAAUGACCCAAAUGUUUAAAAUGGCUGGAGGAAAGACAGUCCAAUGUUAGACUUCAGUCCCUCUGCUCCUUUCAUCCAGCUCUCAACACCCAGACAAUCAAGUUAAACGCAAAGACCCCCCCCCCCCCCAGAUCAAACAAACUGAUUGAUUCAGCUGGCCUUAUAUACCAAAAUACAUCUUCCAAUUUAUCAUUCUAAGCAGUAUUUGAGUGGAGACAGUAUUGUAUGUUUUUCAACUGGGAAAUGUUUUAUGCACUACCUGUCUGACCAUGACUGUAGCAUUCAUAAACCAGGAGUUGGGAGAGUAGAUGUUAACUUGUUCAUGUCUUUUUAAAUGCCCUCUGACCCAUGACACAGUGUAAAGCCAUGAACAGGUGGAGACCAAAGCUUCCUCCAUUGGCAAACUCAACGGCAGCUGGUGUCCUGCUGGAUCCUUACUGCUCCAUGUCUUAUAGAGCUUUCAUGUAGACAGUGACCCGUGUGACUCCAGUGGAGUGGUCACAUGAGGACAGAUGGUGUUGCUAUGUGAGCAAGGUGUGGUGGUUAGUUACCUCGUAAAACUCACUGGAUUAGGAAAACAAGUCUUGUGGGGACAUACUUCCAAAUCUAGUCUUCAGAGGCUAAGGAACAGACAAACAGGGUGACUAGAGCAAGGUUUUUUUUAAUAGUCUUCUGUUAAACGCUUCCUAUUUCACCUCGAACACAAACAGCUUGUAAACAUUUGAAAAGCAUUGAACAAAUAAUUUACAGAAGUGAACAAAACAAGAACGAUAGAAGCAAAUGUACUGGUUUUAUAAUUGAAUUGUGAUUCAAAUAAAAACAAUUGUUAAAAUGUGUUUUUUUUUUUUUUUUACAGAAAUAUCCACUAGUUGUAAUGCUGGGUUGAAUAGGGUCUAAUGAAUGAAACCUGAAUCAGAAUGAUCACACCUACCUUCAUCUACAAUAUGGCUGCCUAUUCAGAGGUUUGUCUUUAUCAAAACUGGUCAUAUUAUAGAACUCUGACUACUGUAUCAAGUUAACAAAUCUAACUCUUUAGAAAAUACACAUUUGUAAUAGGGCUUAGCUAAAGGGACUCUGCCACUUUAAGAGGCAUUAGGAUUUUAAAUGAAGCAAUCAGCAGUUGAAAUGAUAAAGCGGUGACUCACCCUCGUUUCGGUAAAAAGCUGAGGAUGGGGCUGGAGAAAUGUAAGCACUCAAAUUCAGAUGGAUGCGAGGACUAUAUCAAAACUAUAGUUUUAAACAUGUUUUGAGGCUAUAUAGUGUUUGUUUACAUUUACUUUUUAUUCAAACACGAGUAAAACAAGCUUAUUCUGGGUUCUGUUGGCCAGGAGAUUUGAACUAAGCUCAUGAAACAUUAAGUUAUAUUCUUCAAGAAUCAAUAGGUACAUAUUCAUAAGUCAAAUGGAUGUAGCAACUGCUGAUUGCCCCUUUAAAGACGCACUUCCUUAGAAUAAACAUUUUAAAUGUAAUCUUUAGAUUUGCAAUAUUAAAGUAUUUUGUGCAUAGUUUUACUGUUGAUUUGGGAAAAGAAAUGUACAGAAUUAGUUUACAACUAUAAUUAGGGUUAAUAUAGAUUUUUUCAAACACAGGAAAAAAAGUUAUUUAAAACAAAGGACAAAUCCAAUACGACAGGUACCCUAUUGUUCUAAGUGCCAAUGUUGACACACACACACACAUAAUAUUAAAGUCCAAUGCAUCAGUUUCUCAACAUCAAAUAUUUUAUGGGCAACAAUUACCUUACUGAUUGUUUAAUCAAAUGUGUCAAAAAGCAACAAAAAUAGCAAUAUCUCAAUCAAUAAUUUUGCCAGGACUGUCAGGGAGUGGUCUGAGUGGGGAGGGGAAAACUGAAAAGGAGUUAGGUUUGGAAUUGUUUCUUAUUGGUCUUUUAACUAAUUUACCGCAUGGUGUCGCCAUAGAAGGCCAAAACUCCAUCCCACCAAAAUGGGCUUAAAUUUCAGGCAGUCUUUUCAAACAGCUCUUAAACAGAAAGGGCAUUAUCAUUUUCACAAUAUCAUUAUUCUUCCAACCUCUGGAUGGAUGGAUAAAAACACAUGAAAUCAAGUCUGACUGCACUGGACCUUUAACAAUAUCAAAAUACUUAACAAAGACGGAUUUAAGUUUCCCUCUAAGGCUUUGAUUUGCAAAUAGUCCAUGUCAUCAUCACUUCCCAACACUGAGUAAAGAAAACCCACGGAAAAAACAAAAUCAAACAAGACAUCAGCGUUAAAAACAGACUACAGAACAGCAUUGAGCCUAGCAUCUGGCCAUAUUACAAAAACACAUUACAAUUCAGUCGGGGGGGGGGGGGGGGG